CACAGUUUCCCAAGCUUCCCAACGGAUGAAUGAUUGGGCGGAUGGAUUCUCUCUCUGUAUGUGUGUGCGUGUUGUGUGUGUGCGCGUGCGUGCGCGCGCUACGAAAGCAGCCUGUAUGCACGCGCGCUUACUUCUGCCUCGUUGACACACGGGCGUGCUAUUUUAAACCGCAGCGCUGUCCAAACCUCUCCCUGUAACAGUUUAACAAACAACUCCGAGUCCAACCUGAAUCCAUUCGGAUUAUUUAGUCAUAGCUGCAUGAAGGAAAGACGAAGGAUGGCAGUGCUUCUGACCAAGGAGAUCUUCUUGGUGUUUCUUUUCCUUGGCAGAGCAGCCUCUCUGCAAGUGAGCAUUAUGCCCCCACAAGGAGAAGUCAGUGUUGGAGAGUCUAAAUUCUUUCUGUGUGAAGUUGUCGGUGCAGUGAAGGGAAUCGACUGGUUUUCACCGAGUGGUGACAAGAUUGAAUCCAACAGGCAGGACAUCACAGUGAUCCGUAACGACGAAACAUCCUCUACGCUCACUAUCUACAACGCCAACAUCGACAAUGCCGGCACAUACAAGUGUGUGGCCACCAUCGGAGAGCAGCAGGCCGAGGCCACGGUGAACGUGAAGAUAUACCAAAAGAUUAUCUUCAAGAACGCCACCUCACCACAAGAGUUUAGUGAGGGGGAAGACGCCGUGAUUGUGUGUGAUGUGCUUAGCUCCCCACCACCCACUGUCAUGUGGAAGCACAAAAAGGCAAAAAUCCAAUUUGACAAAGAUGUUCGUUUCAAAAUUUUGGACAACAACCACCUGCAAAUAAGAGGGAUCCGAAAGGCAGAUGAAGGAGUGUAUACCUGCGAGGCUCGUAUUAUGGCUCGAGGCGAGAUUGACUUCCGUGAUAUCAGAGUUGUAGUAAACGUCGCUCCCACGAUCAGAGUGCGGCAAGCCGAGGUGAACGCCACCGCCGACAUAGGCCACUCUGCCAUGCUGGCCUGCGAUGCAGACGGCUUCCCCGAACCCACUAUCACAUGGACGCGUUUUCUCAGGAGUACGGUUCUUCUCGAGAGCGGGGAUAAGUACAGCUUCAACGAAGACGGCUCAGAGAUUACAAUAAGGGAUGUAAAGAAGCUGGAUGAAGGAGAUUACACCUGCAUUGCCAAGAACAAAGCCGGGAGUAAUGAAGAAGAAGUCAGCCUCAGAGUUUUUGUGAAACCCAAAAUCACAUACCUGGAAAACAAGACCACUACGGAGAUGGAGGAGCAGAUCCUUUUGACGUGUGAGGCCACGGGAGAUCCGACGCCCAGCAUCACGUGGAGCUUCGGGACGCACUUCUUUGCCGAGGGAGAACAGGAGCAUCUAAAGAGGAUUUAUCAGGCUUCUUGGACUCGACCCGAGCAACACAAGAUUGAACACGGAAUUGUGGUGGCACGCAGCGACGCUCGUGUCUCCUCUCUGACACUUAAGUAUGUCCAGUAUACCGAUGCUGGACAGUACGUCUGCACAGCCAGCAACGCCUUAGGCCAGAGUUCACAGUCCACGUUCCUUGAAGUGCGCUACGCGCCAAAAAUCCUGGGCUCUGUGGCAGUCUACACGUGGGAGGGGAAUCCUGCCAACAUCAGCUGCGAGAUCCUGGCUCACCCCAGUGAUGUGUCUAUCAUAUGGUUAAGAGAUGGAUUCCAGCUGCCCAAUGCCAACUCCACCAACGUCAAAAUCUACACCACCCCCACUGCAAGCUACCUGCAGGUUAACCCGGACUCCCAGAAUGACUUUGGCAGCUACAACUGCACAGCUUCAAACGAGAUUGGGACCGAGUCCAAAGAGUUUAUCCUGAUUCAGGCUGACAUUCCCUCGGCUCCAACUAUCUCUCAGGUGGAACCCUACUCAAGCACGGCUGAGGUACACUUUGCUGAACCUGAAGCUUCUGGUGGAGUUCCAGUCCUUAAGUACCGUGUAGAGUGGAGAGCAGUGGGCAACAACAAAUGGGUCCAGCGUGUCUUUGAGGUCCGACAGGGGCUGAGUGCAGUCACAGUCACAGGAUUAAAACCAGACACGACGUAUGAAGUCAAGAUUUCUGCUAUCAACGGCAAGGGAGAAGGCGAGAGCAGCUCAGUAGUCAGCUUCAAGACAGAGCCUGUUCGGGAGCCCAGUCCUCCCAGAUUGGAGGGAACUUUACAGUCCAAAGGCAAUGCCCUGAAAGUCAAGUGGAUCAAACAGGAUGACGGAGGCUCACCCAUCACACACUACCUCAUCCGCUAUAAAGCUAGAGCAGAUUUGGUCUGGAAAGAGGAGCUCCGUGUCCCAAGCACACGUGGACACGUGCUCCUAAGUGACCUGGAAUGGAACACCGACUAUGACGUGACGGUGGUGGCCGAGAACCAGCAGGGCAAGUCCCAGCCUGGUUCGCUGAAUUUCCGCACGUCCUAUGUGCCGUCCACCACACCAGACUACGUGGAGGAUGGCCCGGGCCUCAGCGCAGGGCUGACUGUUGGGGUGGUCAUCAUAGUGUGUUUGGUCCUGUUGUUGGUCGUGGAUUUCACCUGCUACUUUGUCAACCAGUGUGGCUUGAUCAUGUGUAUCUGUGGCAAACUCAGGACCGGUUUAAAGGGCAAGGACAUAGAGGCAGGAAAGGCUGCACUUGUAAAGGAUGAAUCCAAAGAACCCAUUGUAGAAAUGAGGAACGAGGACAGAGUCGCAGCGAAUCAUGAUGUGGGGGGACAUGCCGAGCCAAAUGAGACCACACCCCUAACUGAGCCAGAACGACAAACUGAUGUCACGUCGACAGUGGUGGACUUGCCUCUGUCCUUGGCCACCAACUCAGACACAGUAACUGACACGUUUGAUCUGAGUCAGGGCAGCCCUGUUAGUGAGAGCACCACUCUGACCUCCAGCGUUACAGCUCCUCCCUCUGAGCCCAAAUCCACCCCUAAGCCCUCCUCCCAGCCCUUAGACACGUCACUCCUUGCAUCUGAUCCUCCUUUAGUCGAUCUGGCUGACUCUCAGACCAGUAUCCCUUCAGCUGAUCAGAUUAAAUCUGCAGAACUGGACUCUGAGGCUCCACCUUCUCUUGCUCUUAGCACAGAGAAAGAAGCCAGGGAUCUGGAGGCAGAGCCAAUGCUUUUAGGAAGUCGGUGCGAGCCCAGAACGAUUGUCACCAAUCCAGAGAACGGUGGUACCCCUCUCCCCUCAGAGGACCUUGAGCUCCAAAUAGAUGGAGGUAUAUCACUUGCACAUUUCCCACAGGAUGGUUUACACUCUCUGCCUACAGCUGCCACUCCUCACCUGUCGGCUGCGCAAAACGAAAACUUCCUAGAGGAGGAGGUUAGAGCUGAGGGAGACGAGCUAAAGAAGGUCCAGCAGGAAGCACUGGCAGAACCAAAUGCGGUAUCGCAGACAAACGCCUCGGAGAGUAAGGCAUGAUCCGGCAAGCCCAAAGACGAAAGCGGCAACGUCACGAUGAACGCGCAAAUGUUCUUUCUACAGUGCCCUUAAUGAGCUUUUGUUUCUGAAACAACAAAGCGCAUCAGAAGCUUGUACAUCUUUAAGACUGAAAUCUGGUGUACAUAAUAUAUGUAUGCCCUUUUUUCCAUUUCGCAGUUGUUUUUGUUAAAUGAAGUAAAACCUUAAGGUGUUUCUGUUGCUCUUUUUUGUGAGUUGGCUGCAAACUUCGCGUUUAAUAUUUUUUCAGGAGUGUGUUUAUGAAAACCAGACAUCUGGCAUUAAGGUGAAUCACAGCACAUUUUCAAUGAUUCGCUAGGUUUUUUUUAUUUUUUUUAUUUACGAAUUACAUUGUUAAAAUAAAAAUUACUUCUGUUUUUUAUCUGUCUUCUGAGGGCUAGUCUUGUUUCAUAGUUUGACUGCAAAUCUGGUUUACAUUUUGUUUUCUUUUUUUCUUGUUUGUUUGUUUGUCAACAACUGUGUUUGAAGAUGUAAUGUAAAAUCCACUAUACUACAUAUAAUGCAGUAAAAUGCAGUGAAUGAAUAGCCUUCUAUUCACCACAUUAAGUUAUAUUCCGUUGUUUCAAAACCACAUGCUUAUUAUUGAUAUUCUUAUUGCUUAUCUGAGAACUGGGAUUUUCCCAAAUUAUUUUUUUCUUUAAAACGUGCUAGUUAAAAUUCUAAACUAAGAGAAAUCGGACCAUUUUUAUACGUUUGUAUUACACAGCUGACCGCAAGCUUGUGCACUGUGUUCGUGGAUCCUGUACGUUUUUUCGAAAAUAUCUGCAUAGCUUAAUGGUGAAAGGUAGCUGAAUUUACUUUGAAAUAACAUUUAUGUAAAUUAAUAGCUGACAUUUGUCUGUGUAAAAGAGGAUCAAUAUGACACCCCUUUAAAGUGUCAUUUAAAGUGUUUUUGAUUCUCUACUACCAAUUGCAUGAAUGUCUGCUUGCCCAUCACUAAUGUUCCAGGAGAAGUGUAGGGCACAGAUGGCAGAUUUGAUCUAUACGUGCAUGCCCAGAGCUGUGUGUAGGUUGAUUUUUCUUUUUCUUUUUGGUGUUCAGCGUGUUAUAUACAGUAUUUCCAUCCAAUGGCAGAUAUUCAGCGUCUGGGGUACAAAUAAGAAAUGUGUAACUAUCUGUGCUCAAGGUAUAUAUAAAUUUUUAUUAUUUUCCCCACUUUCAGUAUACUCAAUACCAGUCUAACCAAAUAGUGUACCUUGUAUUUCUGAGAUGGAUUAUUAUAAGAAAGUAAUGUAGGACAGUGAGUAAAACUGUGCAUUAAACAUCAAAAACAUGUCAUAAGUUGUGUUGUUCUAACACAUUUUGAUUAAACUAAUUAAAAAUGCGAGUCUGCUUUCUCU